AUGCCCAGGGCUUUCCUGGUGAGACGGCGGCGGGCGCCCGUGCUGGGAUCUCGGGACUGGGGAGCGCUGGUGGACUGUCUCCGGGGCGAUGCCUACGUCCCAGCUGGGCUCUCCUUCACAGGGCUCAGCCUGGCAGGAGGGGGCACAGGCCAGUGGCCCCUGUUCUCCGGGACCCUCGCUGAGGACAGGAGCGGCUGGGACGAGGCAGGAGAAAGCAACAGCCAGAGGCCUGGUCCCGUUGUGCCGACCCCCGAAGCUUCAGACAAGCCUCUAACAGAGGACAGCAGCCCCCAAUGGCGCGGGGACUUCCGGUGCGGGGUGUGCACCAAGGCCUUCCCCCUCCAGCGCCUGCUGACCCGCCACGCCAAGUGCCACAGCCCCGUCAAGAGGCACCGGUGCCCGUGCUGCACGAAGGGCUUCAACGACACCUUUGACCUCAAGAGGCACAUGCGGACGCACACCGGCAUCAGGCCCUACCGCUGCCACCUGUGUGCGAAGGCCUUCACGCAGCGCUGCUCUCUGGAGUCCCACCUGCGCAAGAUCCACAGGCAGCCCCAGGCCUACGGCUACCGGGAGCGGCGCGCCAAGCUGUACGUGUGCGAGGCCUGCGGCUUCACCUGCACCGCCGGGCCCGACUACCACGGCCACCUGCGCCGCGCCCACCCCACGGGCCCCGCGAUGCCCCACAAGCGGGCAGGGCCCCCCCCCGGCAGCCUCCGGUUCCUGCUUUAUCCCAGUGGCUUCUACGCUUGAAGCUGGGGGGGGGGGUGCUGCCCUGCUCCAAAACUCGGGGUCACGAAAUGGAACGAGCGGGUCGUCAGUUUAAAACGUGCACAAAGACCAUUUUUUUCCCCGGUGUGGGAUGAAAGGGGGGAGCUCGUGGCUCCCAGGCAGGAGAGUUCAGACAGAUUCACCAAGGGCUCAGACACAGUUUUGGAGGAAAGGGGCAUCAGCGAGAGCACGGCUCUCCCCUCUUGGAGAGAAUAGCAGGUACCUGGAAUUAGUUGUGAUCUGUUAUCCUGGAUACUUCACGGGCGCUUAAAGUGGGACAGUGGGUUUGUACUUGUGUAGGUUCCUGGAAUAAACGGCUUUGUCCCGGGAGGAA